UAUGGUAGUUUUGAUUAGAAAUUUACAGAGCAGAACACUUCUAAACUUGCCUGGCUUAUUACAGAAUUGUAAUACUCUUGUGGACAUUUUACGAAUCAGUUAUUUUGAUGUGAACGUCAUUUUCGUAGGAAAAGGAUUUAUCAAGAGCCUUAAUUUGCGUUAUAGAAGGAAAAAUGUUGUUACGGACAUCUUAAGCUUUCCAAGCAUCGAGAAUUUAACACCUGGUGUUCUGCCACCUCUUCCAAGGCCAGUUGAUGAUUACACACUGGGUGAUAUUGUCCUUGGAACCCCAAAAAUUGUUGAAGACUGCGAAGCUGAUGGCAAACAUUUGGAUGAUUAUUUACCAGUUUUAAUAACCCAUGGCCUUUGUCACUUGCUUGGAUAUACACAUGACACUCAAAAGAAGCUUAAUAAGAUGCGAAGUAAGGAAAUGGAAGUCCUGACUGAAUUCAACAGAAUAACUGGUUUGAAGACAGUACCAAUCAUGCCAGAAAAGAUAGAGCAUCUCAAAUAUAAGCCAUUACCUGAUGAAAAGAAGAUUGUCACUGAUGAGAUUGCAGUUCAUGAGAGGAUGAACAAUAAAGUGGAGGAAGUCUUAAGAGAGGAAUAAAAAAAAAGGAAAAUAUGCUCCAUGAUGGGCUGAGCAGACUUUUCAGUGAAGCAAUACAACCUGCAACAAUCCAAUGGAAAGCUGCAGCUCUUCAGUCAAGUUGUGCUGUGGUUGGGAACAAUGUGUUUGACAACCUUUCUCUUGUGAUAUUGGUUAGGUCUUCUUGAGAGGUAGAGAAACACCAAUUUCAUUUCGAAACAGCUCUAAAUUCUCUUCACAAAUUUACAAGAAAGUGUACAUUAGGCAGAGGAGGGAAUCGGAAGAUGAAAAGAUUAGAAGAUUUAGGAUGUUUUGAGGAGGGCGUCAGCAGAAUAGGGUAACAUAAGCGGAACGUUUAUAAGUCUCUCGUUAGAUAAGCGCUGAAAAGACAAAGGCCAUGCUAGCGUGGUAGAUCAACGUGAAAAGACGCAAUAAGGGAAAUAUCCCACCGUUAUCUAUUCCUUAAUCUUUUUGUAUUUGUUUUUGUUAUGAUUGGUAUUAUCAUCGAUCGAUUAUUUCAUGGUACAGCUCGAUUAUUUCAUGGUACUUGUUUGGUCGCUAUCACGACAAUGUGAACCAUAACUAAUAAACUGCUGUUUAUUUUA